GCCCAGUCACGGCUACACAGAUGAAAAUGCGCAAGCCGGUGUGUGUUUGGACCACCAUAGGAGUGGAGCGCUGUAAGAGGUUUGCCAUAGGUAGUCGUCGGGUUUAGAACAUGGCGUAGCAACAUUCCUGAGAUAUUGACAGCUCAAUGGGGACUUGAAAAUGCGCUUGUGUCGUGUUUACAAAGCUCCAGUACAUUGUUAUAUCAGCACACAUAUAUAGGGGAACAAGGAACAUGCCAAAAAGACAACAUGGAAGAUAUCAAGAAAACCCCAACAGAAAAGGCCAAUCGAGUGCAUGCCAUAACUACAGCGUAGUCCCUGAUAACCACCCCACCCGAUUGCAAUGAAACCACUGAGAUAUAAAACGCGCAGCAGAAACGAUGAGGGCGAUGUCCGACUUCGUCACCCCGACUAGGCUACAGCUAGGGAAUCAAGACUUCCCGCCACGAUAAGGGGUCAGACAUGAGAGGGGAGUAGAUAUGUAUGUCAUGACGAACAAUGUGCGUCUAACUUGGUCACCUCGGCUGAGCUACAGCCAAGGAAUCAAGCCCUCUCGCCACGGCAAGGCGUUAGACAUGAGAGGGGGGUAGAUAAGUAUAUUAUGGAGUGGAAGGCAAGAUCAUGGGACCAGCCAAACGAAAGUGCCAAGCAUGAGAACGGACGACAUAAGGAGCGGAAGUGGCCGAGGCAGGGGAAGGAAAGCGAACGACAGCAACAAACAAAGCGAGCGACGCAAGGAGAAAAAGUAGACGAGGCAAAGGAGGAAAAACGAACGACAGCAAGAGAAACAAACGAGCGAAGCAAGGAGAAAAGAGGGGCAAGAAAGCAAAACGAGAGCAUGAGGAAAAAAGACAGGCGCACCAAGAAGACAUGAGGAAACGAGUCAAACGCAGCAGCAAGGACAUAAGGAAAUAAGCCAAGACAAAGGAAAGAGGCAAAAAUGACAGGACAGGGUAGAUGUUUUUG